CAGCUGCUGUCCUUCGACAUCGGGGAGCAGCCGGUGUUCGAGAUCCCGCUCAGCAACGUGUCCCAGUGCACCACGGGGAAGAACGAGGUGACACUGGAGUUCCACCAGAACGAUGACGCCGAGGUGUCCCUCAUGGAGGUCCGCUUCUACGUCCCGCCCACCCAGGAGGAUGGCGUGGACCCUGUGGAGGCCUUUGCCCAGAACGUCCUGUCCAAGGCAGACGUGAUCCAGGCCACGGGAGAUGCCAUCUGCAUCUUCCGGGAGCUGCAGUGCCUGACGCCGCGCGGCCGCUACGACAUCCGCAUCUACCCCACCUUCCUGCACCUGCACGGCAAGACCUUCGAUUACAAGAUCCCCUACACCACGGUGCUGCGCCUCUUCCUGCUGCCCCACAAGGACCAGCGACAGAUGUUCUUUGUGAUCAGCCUGGACCCCCCGAUAAAGCAAGGCCAGACCCGCUACCACUUCCUCAUCCUGCUCUUCUCCAAGGACGAGGACAUUUCCCUCACCCUCAACAUGAACGAGGAGGAGGUGGAGAAGCGCUUCGAGGGGCGUCUCACCAAGAACAUGUCGGGGUCGCUCUACGAGAUGGUCAGUCGGGUGAUGAAGGCGCUGGUCAACCGCAAGAUCACCGUGCCUGGGAACUUCCAGGGCCCUGACGGGGACAAGGAGGGGACGCACUGGGGCAUGAAGCAGAGCUAUGACGAGUACGCCGACUCGGACGAGGACCAGCACGACGCCUACCUGGAGAGGAUGAAGGAGGAGGGGAAGAUCCGGGAGGAGAAUGCCAACGACAGCAGCGACGGCUCCGGGGAGGAGACAGAUGAAUCCUUCAACCCCGGGGAGGAGGAUGAUGAUGUGGCUGAAGAGUUCGACAGCAACGCCUCAGCCAGCUCCUCUAGCGGGGACAGGGACAGCGACCGCGGCGAGAAGAAACCGGCCAAGAAGGCCAAGGUGGCCAAGGACCGCAAGCCCCGCAAGAAGCAGCUGGAGAGCAAGAAGGGGAAGGACCCCAACGCGCCCAAGCGGCCCAUGUCGGCCUACAUGCUGUGGCUGAACGCCAGCCGGGAGAGGAUCAAGUCAGACCAUCCCGGCAUCAGCAUCACCGACCUGUCCAAGAAGGCUGGGGAGCUCUGGAAAGCCAUGUCCAAGGAGAAGAAAGAGGAGUGGGACCGCAAGGCAGAGGACGCCCGGAGGGACUACGAGAAGGCCAUGAAGGAGUACAGCGGGGGGAGCAGGUCCGAGAGCUCCCGGGGGGAGAGGUCAAAGAAGAAGAAGAAGAAGCAGGAGAAGCAGGCGAAGGGGAAGGGGGAGAAGAAGGGCCCCUCCAAGCCCGUGUCCUCCAGCAAGUCCCUGGCCAAGAGCGGCAACGAGAGCUUCAAGAGCAAAGAGUUUGUCUCCAGCGACGAGAGCUCCUCGGCUGAGAGCAAGAAGGAGGACUCGGAGGACGAGGGGGGCGCCGGAUCGGCCCCCACAGGAUGA